AUGGCGGGUUCAGAAUCAGCACCACCACCACAAGCAGAACCAGAAAUCGAAAAUCAACUCUCUUCUCUCAUCUACGAGAUAUCGAAUGAAGCUCAAGGAAUAAUGGAGAACAUGCUUAAGAUGACCGCCGAGAUUAAUCAAAAUUCUGUAACUAUAGAUGAAGAGAUAGAGAAAUGUAAAGGUUCUGCUAUCGAGAGGAAAACUGCUUUAGAUGAAGAGAAAAAUCACUUUCAGAAAGCUGCUUAUGCUGUUCUCGACAUGCUUAACUGA